AGAUGGCUGAAAUGGACCAGCUCAACAGCAAGGAAGAAAUCAACAGUGUCAUCGCCAAAAACCAGUCAUUUGUCUUGAUGUUUACAGCUAUUUGGAGUGAUGUCGGCAGAUUAACGAAGAGCAACUUCGAGAGGAUCAGCGCCAAAUACCCUUCCGUGUACAUGGCCUGGGUCAGCACCGAUGAUCAUCCCGAGCUGGCCGAGGAAUGGGGGUUCACUGCUAUUCCGGCUACCGUUGCCUAUAAGAAUGGCGACAAGGUGGACUACUUCAUUGGGCCUCAGUACUUGGAUGAGCAGGUUGAGAACUUUAUCAAGAAGACGCUCUAAGACAGCAGAAGGUUUCUUUUCCGCGGUGUGAUUCGUUAUCUAGGUAGUACCGCGGAUGCCAUGCGGAUUUGAUCUGCUGUAUACCCGUAACCAACCCACGUAUUGGACAGCAUGCUUUCAUUUUGUAGAUACGCCUGCUAGACUAUACUACCAUGACCUAUAUACUGUGUUUUAAGAACAUAAGUUCAUCAUGAAGAUCCGCUAGAUACUAAGUGAAAAUUGUGGCAUCACC